AUGGCGAAGCCUUACGUGCCCCAUGACGUCCUUGACGAGACGGCCAAGACCACAUUAGUCGGCCUGGGAAGCGGCUUCUUCAUUGCGGCCAUUCAGAAUGCCAUGUCGAGGCGCAACGUCGGCGCUUUGAGCGUCUUUACGCGGGGAGCUCCCAUUAUUGGCAUUUGCGCUGCGGGUCCCGGUGCCUAUGCUUUCUUCUCCCGAACGAUGAUGAACCUGCGCGAAAAGGAGGAUGCCUGGGCCGCCGCCUUUGGAGGAUUCAUGUGCGGCAGUGUUCUCGGACUUCCCUUCAAGCGUACUCCCGUCGUGUUUGCCCUUGGUGGCUUUGUUGGUGCCGCUCAGGGUCUUUUCCACGUUAUGGGCAACCGAUUGGACAGCUUCUACAAGGAGGAGGAUGAAUUUGAGCGUAAGGAGAUUGUUCGACGGACGACCCGUCUGCCCGUUGAGCAGACCAUUGCCGAGAUUGGCGAGGGACGAGGCAUUCGUCCUCCCGGAUAUGAGGAGCGGAGACGAGAGCGUGUUAAGGAGAAGUAUGGCUUCGAGGUUAACCCUGUGAGCGCCACAGCUGAGGGCAGCCAGUAA